CCGCAACACAGAACACACCUUACAAUUGUCGAAAGUUCCGGGCGCUGGUUGAGUUUGUUUUGAUUUUUGCACAGUACAUGUGUGGUUUGUUUUACAAGUAAAGUUCGUACAAGUAUGUUGCGAUUACUGUCAUCACGUUGCACCAGCAAGGUAGUGCCUGUGUGGGCUUCCCGAGGAAAACACACCUUACCAGAUUUGCCAUACGAUUAUAGUGCAUUAGAGCCUCACAUUUCCGCUGAAAUCAUGGAGACACACUAUGCAAAACAUCACGCUACUUACGUAAACAACCUAAAUAUUGCAGAAGAAAAACUGCAUGAAGCUGAGGCAAAAAAUGACAUCUCUUCCAUCAUUUCUCUUGGACCUGCACUUAAGUUCAAUGGUGGUGGACAUAUUAAUCACUCAAUAUUCUGGGAAACUUUGUCCCCAAAUGGUGGAUCUGAGCCUUGUGGAGAACUGAAGACAGCUAUUGAUCGAGAUUUUGGCUCAUUUGAAAAUUUAAAAGCCAAGCUCACAGCAGCAUCUGUUGGAGUUCAAGGUUCUGGCUGGAGUUGGUUGGGACUUGACAAAGAAAAAGGUCAAUUACAGGUCGUGGCUUGCCCAAACCAGGACCCUUUGCAUGCAACAACAGGUCUUGUCCCACUGUUUGGAAUUGAUGUAUGGGAGCAUGCAUAUUACCUUCAGUAUAAAAAUGUGCGGCCAGAUUACAUUAAAGCAAUAUUUAAUGUGGUGAACUGGGAAAAUGUAGGAAAGCGUUUCACCGACGCAUAAUCUACAUACUGCUUUACUUAUAUUUGAUCAUGUGUUAUUCUAUUGCAUUCUGCUCUGUGUGGAAAUUGUAAAGUAUAAUUGUUCAUAAGUUCAAGAACACAGCAGUGGUUAGUUUGGUCUAUUAUCAAUAAAUAAUGUUUUAAAACGUG